UUUGUUGUUCACAAGUAUGGAUGUGGAAAAGUAUUUCGGAAGGCUAAAUUUGAGAAACCGAGCACGUCAACCUUCACUAGAGCUAUUGAAAGAUAUAUGCAUGGAUUCUGUGUCAAACAUUCCGUAUGAAAACUUGGAUAUGUUCGGAGGUGAACGAAAAAUCUGGGAUUUGCCAACAAUAUAUCAAAAUAUUGUAGAGAAGAGACGAGGAGGAUUUUGGUUUGAAUUGAAUGGGCUUUUGCAGUGGGCUUUGAAAUUUCUUGGAUAUAAAGUCGAAUUGCUUAUGGGAUAUAUGUACGAUUCAAAAAAUAAUCUAUUACAAACUGUCAGUGAUCGUCUGGUAUUAAUGGUUUCUUGGGACACUGAGGAAAAAUAUCUGACAGAUGUUGGGUGGGGUGGAAAAUCAUUUGUUCUCCCGUUGAAUUUAAAAGUGGGAAUUGAACAAUAUCAACCAAACGGAAUUUAUCGCCUGAGUGAGAAUCAAGAUAUGUAUAUUGUGGAAAAGAAGAAACAAACAUGUUUGGAAAGUAAAGAUGAACAACCUUACGUCAACAGCAAAGCCAAAAAAGAUUGCGUAAAACUUGAUGAAAUUCGCCUCAAAUAUAUUCCGUGGAACAUCCAAUUGGGUGUGGGAAAAGCUCCGUGUACCUUUGAAGACUGUAAAGUUGGGCACGACUAUGCUCAAGAUGAAGAUGAAUUCUUGAUAUCAAAUCCAAUCGUGAGCUGUCAAAACGUGGAGAGAAGAAAGUUUUUCGUGAAAAAUUUAUAUUACGAAAAAGAAAUAUAUCGACCCGUAACACUGAAAUUGGAGAGAUUUCAGAAGUAUUCCGUGGAAGACAUGUACGAUAUUCUAAAAAAAGAAUUUGGAAUUAUUCUGAAUUUUAAACUCAGUAUACCAUUUAUUGAAUAG